AUGGAAGGUCCGAUGCUCAGUUCUUCGCUGGGCGCUAUGGGCUCCCUUCUUUGGAAGCUCCGGUCACUGCUGGUCUCUCCAGAUGAUCAGCUGCCAGAGCCACUGAAGCUACACAAGGAGAAGCUCGAGCUCCUCAAACAAGAUCUCGAAGAAAUAAACACCUUCCUCGUGAAUCUGUCAAGGGUGGAAGCUCCCAACAUGAUGGUGAAGCACUGGAUGAACGAGGUGCGUGAUCUGUCGUACGAUAUUGAGGAUUAUAUUGACAAGACGAUGCACCCCGGCCCCAAUUCCAGUGAAGAGUCCCGCCCUGAGCCUGAGGUCGAAGAACUAAGCACUCUUGUGAAGCAGGCCAAGGACGCCCACGAACGACACAACAGGUACGAUCUUGGGCGUUGGGCAUCAAAUCCUAGAUUUGUGGUCGACGGUGGAAGUGGGCAAGGCUGGGUUCCAAGGUUCGACAGGGACGCCACAGAUCUUGUUGGUAUAGAUGAUUCCAAGGCUGAAAUUAUCAAGAGGCUUAACAUUGACGCCGAACAGAGGCUAGUAAUAUGCAUACAAGGAUCCCCAGGUGUUGGUAAGACUACACUUGCCAAACAAGUGUACCGUGAAAUGGAAGGACAGUUCGAGUGUCAAGCUUUUGUUCGAGCCUCAAAGAUGCCUGAUACAAGGAGGCUUCUCAGUAACAUAAUCUCCCAAAUCCUGCCCCGCCAUCAAGGACCCCCUCAUGGUCUCCCCGUGCAAGAGCUCAUUGACAGCCUAAGAAAACAUCUCCAACAGAAGAGGUAUCUCAUUGUAAUUGAUGGUUUGUGGGAAACAACAUCAUGGGAUAUUGUUAACAGCGCAUUUCCUGAUGACACUAAUUGUAGCAAAAUAUUAAUAACUACAGAUAUUGAAGAAGUAGCUUUGGAGUGCUGUGAUUAUGAAUCUGAUGCUAUUUUUAAGAUGGAGCCACUUGGUGGAAAUCAUUCCACAGAAUUGUUCUUCAAUAGAGUGUUUGGAUUUAAGCACGAGUGCUCUAAACAAUUGAAGGAAAGCUCUGAGGAAAUUAUAAGAACAUGUGGUGGUCUGCCACUCGGAAUAAUUAGCAUAGCUAGCAUUUUAGCAAUCCAACCAGAUAACUUAGAGUUGUGGCGCCAUGUCAAAGAAGCAUUAUUUUCCAGAUUGAGAUAUAAUCUUACUUCUGAAGUCAUGCUGAGAGAAAUAGUAGGUCUGAGCUGCAAUAGUCUUCCUCGCCAUUUGAAGACAUGCUUACUAUAUCUUAGUAUGUAUCCUGAGGGUUAUACAUUCUUGAAGGCUGACUUGGUGAAACAAUGGAGUGCCGAAGGUUUUAUCAUUGCAGUAGAAGAGAAAAAAUGUGAUGAAGUUGCAGAAUGCUAUUUUGAUGAGCUUACCUGCAGGGGACUGAUACAACCCAAUCAUACCAAUAUCUCAGAUGAGGUGACUUCGUAUACACUGCACUCCACUGUAUUUGAAGUUAUUAGGAGCAUGUCCAUAGAAGAGAACUUCAGCACUGUGAUAGACUACUCCAAUACCAUCUCAGAGCUUUCUGUAAAGGUUCGACGACUAUCUCUCAGAUUCAGUAGUGCCAAAUAUGCAACGAAACCAGAAAGCAUUACACUAUCCCCUGUGCGGUCACUUAUCUUUUAUGGACUUGUUGAGUGCCUCCCUUCGAUUAUGGAGUUUGAGGUACUUCGAGUUCUUAUUCUUGAUGUUUGGGGUGACCAUGACCAAGAGGAGUUAGACCUCAGUGGCAUCGACAGACUGUUUCAGCUGAGGUACAUGCGGAUUACAUCUAACAUCACUGUGAAACUACCAGCCAGGAUGAUUGGACUGACAUAUUUGCAAACACUGGAAAUUUAUGCAAGAGUAACUUCUGUUCCAUCAGAUAUUGUACAUCUCCCUAGAUUGGUGCACCUCUGUGUAGGUGGUCAGAUAAAUCUGUGCAAUGGUAUUGGUCACAUGGGAUCUCUACGCACUCUUCAGUCUUUUGACCUCAGCAGUAACCCUGAAGAUAAUGUAUGGCAACUUGGUGGGAUGACAGACCUCCAUGAUCUUCAUGUCAUUAGUUCUACAGAAAUGUCUGAUCCUCUGAAGGGGAAAUUGGUAGCUUUCGUUUCUUCCCUUGAGAAACUUGGCAAUUUAAAAUCUAUAAUUCUUGCUCCUGCUCCUGCUCCAGCUGCUUCUUGCACAAACAUUUCCUUGGAUUUCUCAUGGCGGAGCAUAUCUCCUCUGUCCAUCUUCAUUCAGAGACUUGAGUUGUUGCCGCCCUUUUGCAUCUUUUCAAGACUCCCCGUAUGGAUUGGACAGCUCCGGAAGCUAAGCAUUUUGAAAAUUGUUCUUAGGGAAUUUACGACAGGUGAUGUUGACAGCAUCGCCAAGUUACAGGAACUCACCAUUCUCUCUCUGUACGUCAGGCAACCAACAGCAGAACAGAUUGUCUUCCAUCGUGCAGCAUUUCCUGUUCUAAAGUUUUUCAAAUUCAGAUGUGGCAUUAUGCGCAUUGCUUUUCAGCCAGAAGCAAUGCCUAGGCUUCGGAGUCUGAAUCUUGAAUUCAAUGCCCACAGUGGAGAGCAAAAUGGUAAUAUGCUUGCCGGCAUUGAACACCUGUUAAACCUCCAAGAGAUCACUGGCCGAAUUGGGGCAGCACCGGGUGCAGAGGAAUCCGACAGAAUAGCUGUGGAAUCUGUGUUCAAGGAUGCCAUUAGCAAGCAUUCAAGACUUACAAACUUCAACCUACGAAUUGUGGGUUUCUUUGACGAAGAGUGGCAUAAAAAAAGUGAGCUAGACGAGGUAGCUGCAGUUGUUGAAGAAGUGUCGCAAUCCAACGAUGCAAGUUCAACACGAAAACAAGUCUUCAGCGUGCCGUUCCAGGCGAUCGCGGAUCUGCAGAGCGGUGACGCGUCCGAGCACUCAUUGAGCGGAAUGUCGGACACGUCCGUCGUGACGGUCGAGGGUCUCUUGGCGCGGGCCGAGAAUGCUGGCGGUGAUGAGUUCGACAAAGACCAGCCGGAUUCCAAGAGGAGGAAAGACGACGGUGACGGUAAGGGGAUCUCCAUGUCUGGCAAGCUGACGGCGCGUGAGCCGAGGGUCGUUCUCCGAACCGUGAGCGAUGCCUACAUCUUUGAUGACGGCUAUCGGUGGAGGAAGCACGGGCAGAAGGAUUUUAACGGAAAUCCAUUUCCCAGGAUCUACUACAAGUGUCAGACGGUAGGGUGCCCGGUCCGCAAGCAUGUGCAGCGCGCGUCCGACGACCCGCGCACCGUGAUCACCACGUACGAGGGCAAGCACAACCACGACGUGCCCGCCGUGCGCGGCAGCGCCGCACUCGCACUCUACAAUCCCGCAGCACCGCCCGCGGACAGCGCCGUUCAGAACCUUGCCGUGGACAGCGCCACGCAGCCGACCGUGGUCGACCAAACGGCGCAACAGCAGAUGUUCAGCGGCCAGCGCACGAUCGGCUUCAGCACCGCGCCGGCGCGUAGCAGAGCGACGAGCGGCAGCUUCGUCCUCUCGUCGGGCUUGGACAACACGAUGGCGCGAGGUCCCACCCUGCCGAGCGUCUCCGCUCCUGACGCCGCCGCGGCGCACCAGCAGCAGCCGCCCCCGCACGCGGAGCUGGAGCGCGUGCGCCGCGUCGGCAGCGGCGCCGGUGGGAUGGUGUGGAUGGUGCGGCACCGCGGCACGGGGCAGCUCUACGCGCUCAAGGUGCUCUACGGGAACCACGACAACGCGGUGCGGCGCCAAAUCGCUCGUGAGAUCGCCAUCCUCCGCACCGCCGAACACCCGCCCGUGGUGCGCUGCCACGGCAUGUACGAGCGCGGUGGGGAGCUGCAGAUCCUGCUCGUGUACAUGGACGGCGGCUCCCUCGACGGCCGCCGCAUCGCCGCCGAGCCGUUCCUCGCCGACGUCGCGCGCCAGGUCCUGUCCGGAAUCUCCUACCUCCACCACCGCCACAUCGUGCACCGCGACAUCAAGCCCUCCAACCUCCUCAUCGACUCUGCGCGCCGCGUCAAGAUCGCCGACUUUGGCGUCGGGCGCAUCCUCAACCAGACCAUGGACCCCUCGAACUCCUCCGUCGGCACCAUCGCCUACAUGAGCCCCGAGCGGAUCAACACCGACCUCAAAGACGGCAGCUACCACGGCUACGCCGGUGACAUCUGGAGCUUCGGCCUCGGCAUUCUCGAGUUGUACCUGGGCAGGUUCCUCUUCGGGGAGAACCUCGGCAAGCAAGGGGACUGGGCCGCGCUCAUGGUCGCCAUCUGCUACUCCGAUCCGCCUGAGCCACCGCCCACUGCCUCGCCUGAGUUCAGGGGAUUCAUUAGGUGCUGCCUGCAGAAGAAUCCGGCCAAGCGGCUGACGGCGGGGCAGCUACUGCAGCACCCUUUUGUCGCCCGCCCGCAGCCGCAGCCCCUCGCUGCUCCUCCCCUGUCAUGA